GUGAGAUCAUGACCUGAGCCAAAAUCAAGAUUCCGACGCUUAACCCACUAAGCCACCCAGGCGGCCCAAAAUAUCACUAUUUCUCUUCCUGACAGGCACUAUUAUGAUCUAUUAGGCACCUAACACUAAUGGCACGUAGUAGGUGCUCACCAAAAGCUAUAUUACUGAGCGCUCUUUUAUCGUGUAAAAGAAAAAAAGAGUACGGAAAGGGCUCUUUGCAAGUUUUAAGGUGCCGCACAAGUUUUUGCUACAAUUGUUACGUCACCCUUUGUGGCAUAAACCUUUAUUAUUCUUUCGGCACGAUUAUGGUCUCCUAGUUACCGUGGCCAUGGAAACGUGGCCCGCCGUCUUGGAUUGGGCGGUUCGCGGGCUCCCUCUAGAGGCUAUCUUGCGGUUCUGCUGCCGGACGGCGGCGCGGGCCUCUCAGAGGGGAGCCGGGAGUUGUAGUCUACGGACAGUGGCUGCCACGGAGUGAUGCACGCCGGGAAUUGUGGUUCUAGGGAGGGGCGGUUGGCCCAGACCCGGCUCCGGCCUCACCCGUAUGGCGGCUGCGACACGCGGCUGCCGGCCCUGGGGCUCGCUCCUCGGGUUGCUGGGGUUGGUCUCGGCCGCGGCCGCCGCCUGGGACCUGACUUCGCUGCAUUGCCACUUCGGCGCCUUCUGCGAAUGUGACUUCCAGCCUGAUUUCCAAGGUCUGGAGUGUGACCUGGCCCAGCACCUUGCCGGCCAGCACUUGGCCAAGGCGCUGGUGGUGAAGGCACUGAAGGCCUUCGUGCAGGACCCAGCCCCCACCAAGCCACUGGUCCUCUCCCUGCAUGGCUGGACAGGCACUGGCAAGUCCUAUGUCAGCUCCCUGCUGGCGCGCUACCUUUUCCGGGGUGGUCUCCGCAGCCCUCAUGUACACCACUUUUCCCCCGUCAUCCACUUCCCCCACCCCGGCCACGUGGAGCGCUACAAGAAGGAUCUUAAGAGCUGGGUCCAGGGGAACCUCACUGCCUGCAGCCGCUCCCUCUUCCUCUUUGACGAGAUGGACAAGCUGGCCCCAGGCCUGAUGGAGGUCCUGCGACCUUUCCUGGGCUCCUCUUGGGUUGUGUUCGGGACCAACUAUCGCAAAGCCAUCUUCAUCUUCAUCAGCAACACUGGUGGUGAGCAGAUCAACCAGGUGGCACUGGAGGCGUGGCGCAGCCGCCGGGACCGUGAGGAGAUCCGCCUACAGGAACUGGAGCUGGUCAUCUCCCAGGCUGUGCUGGACAACCCGCACCAUGGCUUCUGGCGCUCAGGCAUCAUGGAAGAGCAUCUCCUAGACGUGCUGGUGCCUUUCCUCCCACUGCAGCGGCACCAUGUGCGGCACUGCGUGCUCAACGAGCUGGCCCAGCUGGGCCUGGAGCCAAGGGAUGAGGUCGUCCAGGCUGUGCUGGACAGCACCACCUUCUUCCCUGAGGACGAGCAGCUCUUUUCCUCCAAUGGCUGCAAAACUGUGGCUUCCAGGAUUGCCUUCUUCCUCUGACUCUCUAGAUGGCACCCUUGCCCUCCUGGCCAGGCUGUGCAGGAGAGCCCUGGGGCCUCUUCAGUAGGGACUCUUUUCCUGAGCCUCCUGGAGAGUGAGACCCAGAGUCCAAAGUGAAGAUGAGGAGGCAUGUUGGCCAGGCCAGGGGCCAGGGGGCCAGGGCAGGCCCUGGCCUCUUAACUGCUCUCAGGGCAUCUUGGCCUUUGCUUCCUUCCCUAGGGAAACCACUGGUGACCCCAGAACUUCAGUGAGCCUUGACCUUGCCCUCCAGCUUGAGCCUUCUUAAAAUGUGAAUUGUAACUCAGGGACUGUGGCUCAUGGCUGCUCCCUCCCUCUUCAGUCUUACUCUUGGCCCCUUGGUCUGGCACCGUAUUCUCAAUCCUCCAUUCCAUACCCUAUGUCCCAGUAUCGUAAAGCCAAGCUGAGACUUCUCAGUCUCCGUGAACAGACGGACACAAGCUGCCACUUGGGCCUAGUUUUUAAAGUUUUUAAUUUUAUAAGAGAACAAAUACAAUAAACUUAGCCAUGGGACCAGAGGAAUGUUGGCUGAGGUAUCGAAUUGCUCUGGAAGGAGGCUAGUUUGCUGAGUGCCAGUGAGUGUGUGUGUAUGGGGGGAGGGGGUUAGAAUCUCUUCCAUACCCAGCAAGAAGUGAGGGGCUGAAGGGUCCCUCCGGAGAACAAUGUAACUGCUAGGGCUGGAGUCCUGGCCAGCCUUGAUUUUUCUGGCUGGGGUUUUCUGAGACUUAGGCUCAGGCCCUGGUUACUUCAGUCUUGCUGGAACCUGGGCUCGUGCUCUGGCUCAAACUCUGGGCAGCAUCAGUCUUGCUGGGCUUCUGGCAUUGGCCCUGAGUGGCCUCAGUGCUGCUGGGGCUCCAACUUGGAUCAUAGAAAUCCUUGGUCUUGCUGGGACUUCGGAUCAGUCCCCAGCACUGGCCCUGGGUGGCAGCCUUACUGGGUCCCCAGCUAUGGCCAUGGGCAACCUUGGUCUUUCUGAACCUCUGCCUUGGGCCCCUAGUGGCCUUGGUUUUGUUAGGCUUUCGUCGUGCGCAUCGGGUGGCCUCUGUCUCGCUGGAACUACCGCUCUGGCCCUGGGCAGCCUCCGUCUUGCUGGGCCUCUGGCCCUGGCCCUGGGCGGCCUUCAUCUCGCUGGGCCUCCGGCUCUGGCCUUGGGCGGCCGCGGUCUGGCUGGGCCUCCGGCUCUGGCCCCGGGCGGCCUCGUUUUCUCUGGGCCUGUGGCUCAA